AUGAUCACACUCUUUGUGGCUCUUUACUCUCUGCUUUGUCUCUGCACAACUGGAAACACUUCUGACAUCAAGGAGCUUCAUGUGAAAAAAGUAAAGCAUGGAGAAAAUGUAACUAUGGAGUGUAACAUUAGUGGGGUCCAAAAGAAAGAUAGUUUAGCUUGGUACAGACAGAGUUUUGGAAAAGUGCCUCAGUUUUUGGCGAGACAGUACAGUAACACUCAGGGUUACAUAUUUCCUGAUGGAUUUAAUAAUAGCCGCUUCAGUGUUACUCUAAAAGACCAAAAGUUUGAUAUCAACAUUAAUGAAAUAAGAGAAGAUGAUGGAGGAGAAUAUUUCUGUGGAUAUGUGGAGGGAAGUACAGUAAAGUUCACAUCUGGAACACGUCUGCAGUUUGAAGGUGAAGAGAUGAAACCCUGUCCUACACCUGGAACACUUAACAAGAACACACACUCUGUUACACACCAGGGUUCAAACAGCAGUGAUGGAGAAGGUGAAGAGAUGAAACCCUGUCCUACAGCUGGAACACCUAACAACAACACACACUCUGUUACACACCAGGGUUCAAACAGUGACAGUAAACCAGGAGAUUUCUAUCAGAUUAUUGCCUUAAUAGCCACCAAUAUAAUAUCUGUUAUCAUAAUCGUGGCUCUGGUUGGAGUUUUACUUAAACAGCAAAGAAAAGGUGCUUCAUCAAACAACCAUCAAACUCCCACCACUCAGCCUGAUGAUGAAGAUGUCUUGAACUAUGCAGCUGUGAGUUUUGCUAAGAAACCUUCAUCCUCCAGAACAUCCAGAGACACGAGCCAUCAAGACGUUUAUGCACAAGUUAAGAUAAAAUAGAUAAAGAGGAUAAAGUUAGAAUUGAAAAGCAGUAUAAAGGUAAUUAUUCACCCAGUUUGGAGACAGAAGUGUCCCAUGUUAUUCAGACAAGAAAUAUAUUGCUGAAAGUUUUAUAAACAUUUCUAAACUAUUUAUUGUAUUAAUUUGCCUUACCUGAUAGAUAUUUUUUUUGUUUGUCAACUUUUGAUUCUGCUCAAAAUCCUACAAUCAGAUACAUUUUUUUGUUGUUAUUUCUAAUAGUUUUACAUUAGUUUUUUUUCUUAGUAUUUGUCCUCAAAAUAGUGAAGAUGAUUUAUAUAUCCACUGAUCAGCCAUAACAUUAAGACCAUCUGCUUAAUAUUGAGUCAAAACAGUAAUGUCCUGUGUGUUCUAACACUUUUUGAUGAAGACCAGCAUUACCCUUUUUAACAAUAAGAGCUACAGUAGCCUUGAUAUUGGAUUAGAGUACAUGGACCAGCCUUCACUCCCCCUUUGUGUCAGUGAGCCCUGGCUGCCCAUGAGCUUUUUGCAGC